GCUGAGUUUUGAAAUGAAUGCUUAGUAGUGCAAUGAAUCGAAGCUGAAACAAACGCUCUAACCCAUUACUUCUUCGCUUCACUCACCGGAUUCUCACUCUCAACUCAUAUACCAACUCGGAGUUUCGGUCUUACCGUUUCCGAUUCAAAACCCUAACUCGGAUCCUCAAACUCAGUUGAUUUCAUACAACAUGGCUUCGGAGACUUGAAAUUUGAAUCCUGAUUCGAUUAUGUUCGUGAUUUAUGCUGCGGAAAAAUCUUGAUCGCUACUUCGGGGGUUUCGGAGAUGCUGAUAUGGAGGACUAUGGAUUUGAGUACUCAGAUGAGGAGCAAGAGGAGCAAGAUGUUGAUAUUGAGAAUCAAUAUUACAAUUCAAAAGGUUUGGUUGAAACUGAUCCAGAAGGUGCACUUUCUGGUUUUGCUGAGGUAGUACGCAUGGAACAGGAGAAGGCAGAAUGGGGAUUUAAAGCUCUAAAACAAACUGUGAAGCUUUAUUAUAGACUUGGAAGGUAUAAAGAGAUGAUGGAAGCCUACCGGGAGAUGUUGACUUACAUUAAAUCGGCAGUUACUCGUAACUAUAGUGAAAAAUGCAUAAACAGCAUUAUGGACUAUGUCUCUGGUUCAGCUAGUCAGAACUUUGGCCUUCUGCAGGAAUUCUAUCAGACAACACUGCAAGCCCUUGAAGAAGCAAAGAAUGAGAGAUUAUGGUUUAAGACAAAUCUUAAGCUUUGUAAGAUCUUCUUUGAUAUUGGGGAAUAUGGGCGGAUGAGUAAGAUAUUGAAGGAACUUCACAAAUCUUGUCAAAGGGAAGAUGGUACAGAUGAUCACAAGAAAGGAACCCAACUUUUGGAGGUUUAUGCAAUAGAAAUUCAAAUGUACACAGAGAUGAAGAACAACAAAAAACUCAAGCAACUUUACCAGAAAGCACUCACUAUUAAGUCAGCAAUUCCCCAUCCGCGGAUAAUGGGAAUAAUCCAUGAAUGUGGAGGGAAAAUGCAUAUGGCAGAGCGCCAGUGGGCUGAAGCAGCUACAGAUUUUUUUGAAGCUUUUAAGAAUUAUGAUGAAGCUGGGAAUCAUAGGCGUAUCCAAUGCUUGAAGUACCUUGUUCUUGCCAACAUGUUGAUGGAGUCUGAAGUAAAUCCGUUUGAUGGGCAGGAGGCUAAGCCAUACAAGAAUGACCCUGAAAUUUUGGCAAUGACAAAUUUGAUAGCAGCCUAUCAGCGUAAUGAAAUAUUGGAAUUUGAGAAAAUCUUGAAGAGUAACAGAAGAACCAUCAUGGAUGAUCCAUUUAUCAGAAACUACAUUGAGGAUCUGCUAAAGAACAUCAGAACUCAAGUCUUGCUGAAGCUCAUCAAACCAUAUACAAGGAUCAGGAUCCCAUUUAUAUCCAAGGAACUUAAUGUGCCUGAGCAUGAUGUUGAGCAGCUACUGGUGUCGCUUAUUUUGGAUAACAGAAUUCAAGGACACAUUGAUCAAGUCAACCGGCUCUUAGAACGCUCUGAUAGGUCAAAAGGAAUGAAAAAGUAUACUGCCGUAGACAAAUGGAACACACAACUUAAAUCUCUUUACCAAACUAUCAGCAACAGAGUUGGUUAAACCGUGGUGUCUAACGGGAGAGUUAUCUGUUUUAUUGUCCCCGCUGCAGUUUUGUUAUGUGAAUUAAUGUAUCUAUUAUGGAGAGUUAGGGAUGUGUAUUGCACCAAUAGUGAACCAAAGCGAGACCCAACUUGUGAUUCAUGUUCUAUUUUAUAAAAUAUAAUUGUUUGAAACAUUCACGAUUGAUUCAA